GCCGCCCCUUAUUGUGCGCCCCUGUGUCCCCACAGGCGCGGUGCCCAGCGCUGACCGAGCUCACAGAAUAAAUAAGCAGGCCCCUGACAGCAGAGACACACAGGACUGCUGGCACUGGUGCUGACCCAGUUUGGCUCUUUUAUUUAUUUAUUUUUUUUAAAGUUCUUGCUGGGUAAGUGGGUUGAGGAGCUUCUGUGACCCAGUUGCAUUAGAGCCUGAGGGUCUGUUGGUGUGGACAGACUGGACCUGGCUGCUGUUUGGGGACGGGAUGAGGAAUUAUUAGAACCAGAACCUGAGAAAUGUCCACGCAGGGGUCGGUGCUGGCGCUGGGGAAAUGUCUGGCCUGUCUGGAGUUCAUGCUGUUUCCCGUGUGGAGGGGAAUAGGGGCCAGUAGCGCCGUCGGGUGGAGCCAGGGCUGGGGCCGCUGCCUGAGAUGGGAGCCGGACAGCAGAGACCGGGGCACCAGAAUCCCAGUGUUCGACUACCCCGUCUGGUUGGUGUUCUGCCGCCGAGGGCGUGCCAGGCUCAGGGAGGCGUGUCAGAGGGGCAGAGGUGCCAUCAGACUGCCCACAGACCUGCUGAACUUAAAACUGCCCCAGCUCUUCGACAUCCAUCAGGUUCCCAAGGUGUUCAGGGAGGACAGCAUCGUCUCAGGAUAUCGUCAUCCUCGGAGCUCCGCUAUGGACUGCAUCCUCAGCAGCUUCCAGAUGAACAACGAAACCAUCAACAUUUGGACCCACUUCCUGCCCACAUGGUACUUUGUGUGGCGUUUCUUGGCUCUGUGCUCCACCAUGAACUUCCCGAGCGACAGCUACACCUGGCCCCUGCUGGUCUACAUGCUGCUCAUCUGUAUUUACCCCUUCACCUCCAGCUGUGCCCACACCUUCAGCUCCAUGUCCGCAGAGUCCCGACACAUCUGCUACUUCUUUGACUACGGAGCUCUCAGCCUCUACAGUCUCGGUUGUGCCAUCAGCUAUGGGUAUUACGUGAUGCCAGACUGCUGGGUGAACAGUUGGAUCCAUCAACACUUUGUUCUCAUCGCCAUCGGGAACUCGCUGUUCUGUACCAGCAUUUCCUGCUAUUCCAGAUUCGUGGAGCUGCAGUUCCCAAAGAGAAGUAAAGCCUUACGAACAGGAGCGUUUGUUGUGCCCUUUAUUUUCGACACGGCCCCUCUGUUUUACAGGGUACUGACCUGCUUCUGGGACGGCAGCAGCCCCAGUGACGCCCUGUCCAGUCACUGUUACCACCUCCUCUUCGCCUUCCUCACCUGCUUCCUGUUUACCGCCCACCUCCCAGAGAGGUUGGCCCCGGGGCGCUUCGACUACAUCGGCCACAGCCACCAGCUGUUUCACAUCAGCGCCGUGGUGGGAAGCCACUUCCAGAUGGAGGGCGUCAUAGCGGACAUGACGUCGCGCAGGGCGUGGCUCCAGCUCCACGGGGCCAUGCCGUCCUUCCUUGGGACCAUCGGGGCGCUCGCCGUCAGCCUCACCCUCAACCUGGCCGUCAUCGGCAUUUUCAGCGCCCCGCUGCUGUGGAGGACCAGAAACGGCUCCACCCAGCAGCAAGCCUGCAAGGAGCAGUAAGGAAACAAAACAAAAGUAAAACUAAGGACUCAGUUGCUUUCCAAAGGAAAGGUGUGACUUUCCAUCAGCUGGUUUAACAGUUUUCUCACUCGGGUUAUUUUAAGGGCUCAUGUUUUUACCCAGCAGCUGAAGACCCACCUUACUUUAUACAGCCUUGCUCUGACGCUGACGUCAAGGAAGGUUCCGGGUUGCAGGACGCUUGCUGUUUAACAACAACAUCUUAUUUGAAUGUUUUAAACCUCCAACCAGAAAAAAAACUCAUCUUGAAUUUAGCAAAUUUCUAAAAAAACAAAAAAAAACUCAUCCUAAAUAUUCCUAACUAGAGCGAAGGCCGUUUGGCUCUCUGCGAGCAUAACGGCUCCGUUAAAUAACGCCGCUUGGAUCGGCAGCCCUUAAAUGUCCGCCUAUCGAUUCCCAUCCCGGCUGACGGGAAUUGAUUUUCAAGCCAUUUGGUUUUUCUUCCUUUCUUUGAUCCUGAUUGCCUGCCUCAUUAUGAACCACGCAGUCUGCCCUCAACCCGCCGGGUUACCGCGGCAGCGCCGAAGUGGCCUCUCAUCCUUCGUCGUUCAUAUCAGCAGAUGUUUUAAAUACGGUGAACUCAAACACAUUUGCCUUACAAGACGUUGGCGGGAUGAAAACACACCUAAAGCAAAGUUUAUUAUGAUUAUUAACAUUUAUUAAGGCAUUUGUGAAAACUAAAGAAAAACUCAGUUAUGCUUCUUAUAUCUCAAGCCAGAGGACUGUUUACAUUAACAACUAAAAAUCUUUCCUUUUAAGCUUUUAAUGGUUGUUUUAGAUGCAAAAUACGAUGAAAAGGUUAUUUUUUAUUUACUUGUAUUUAUCUGAAAAGUAGAAAGUUCUCUCCGCUCAUUUUAUGAUCUUAAUUAGCCUAAAACAAGUGGAAAAUAAAACAGAUGAAGAAUUUAAUAAACCCUUUCCAGUUUUCAGCUGAACAGAUUUUUUCGUUAACUUAGAUUUUCUGUAUUUUUAUUUCAUGAUCAUUUUUUAGUCCUGAUCUAUGUGGUAAACCAGGGAAUCUUAAGGAGGAUUGAUGGGAUAAAUUUGAAAGAAUAAACCAUGCAAAAAUAAAAAAAAAGUUGAAAAUGCAUUUAAAAACUGAUAAAAUGUAUGUUUUUUAAAAUGAUAAAAUAAAGUAUGUAGAGUCAGAAUCCAUAAACCUUCAGUGUGAAAAAGAAAUACUGUUAUUUAAUGUUUUUUGUCUCAAUUAGCAUUAAAAUAAUAACAGACACACUUUGGAAGCUAACAGAAAAGCAAAAAGUGCAUAAAUCCUAUAAAUGGUUCAAAAUAAAACCAGCUGAUUUCUGAAAACUCGUCUGUUUUCCUCUUGUUUCAGGAGAAAUUUUAGAUCUAAAUGAGCAAAAAUAAUUUCGUAAACUCAUAUAAACCAGCACUAAGAGGAAAGGAUUGUUUAUUAGAAGCCGAUGAAUUU